AUACUUUAUAUUGUGAAUAAUUUUACAUCGCCUCAAAUAAUAUUUGACUCUCUGCAGAGUAGCAAGAUCGGUGUAAGAGAAGAAAUGUUUCAGGCCUUAGUAAAGAAACUUGAAGUCGUAACAGAUGAAAACCGAAGACUUCAGGAGGAAUUGAAGAACAUCAUAGAGAUUAUGGGCAGACAAACAGCAUCGAUUGAUAAAAUUAACAAAACUAUUGGUGACAUUAGGACUGACGUCAAACAAUUUCAAUCAGAGCAGCUGAUGUUGUCCUCCAUCGUGUCGUCUCUGGAAGUGUUCCGAAUAAAUAUGACCAGAAGUUAUUUCGAGUUGACGCAAAAAGUAUCUUUUACUGCUGGAGUGACGUCUGACAGCAGCUCAUGGAACAGUGGGACCUUAGUGUUCAAUAAAGUAAUCAGCAAUGAGGGAGGAGGAUAUGAUCCUAUCAACGGAAUCUUCACUGCACCUGUAGUAGGAAAUUACGUAUUCUAUGUCAGUAUCCAAGGUUACAAAGACAACGAUAUAUAUGUAGACAUUGUGUUAAACGGAUCUAGCGAGGUACGAGCAAUGGUUGAAGCUAACUCUGCAUCUAACGAACAGUACGAGACAGGAACAAAUCUUGUAAUAUUACGGCUGCAGCAAGGGGACAGGGUAUGGGUACGACAUUACGAUGGCAGUGGUUAUGCAACGUUCAGUGACGCUCCUGUCACUACUUUCUCUGGAUUCCUUAUCUAAAACAUGAACUUUUAAUGAAUAUGUAUAGAAUGAAAACUAAGGCAUAAACUGUACUCUUAUUUGAAUGUAAUGUUGGGGUUUUGAUA